AUGCUCACUCAAUACGAAGCGACAGCUCCGGCCAGCCCUAUCGAGGCAUUGACGACCGCAGCGGGCAACAAGGUCUUCGGCGAGGCUAGGCGGACGUUGGGAGUAGUCACGUCCUUUAGCAAGGGGUUUUCCAGCUUCUUGGAGGUGGCACUGCUGAGUGGCAAUCAGGCUGCGUUUGUUUUUGGUGUUUGUGUGCAUGCAGGAUCUACUCUUCUGAAGGACUUUAGCGACGAGCUUCCCGAUCUUGACGAACGCUUCUUGAAUGGACGCAUCAACAACAAAGAGAAUCGUCCGUUCUUGGAGCGGGAGACAAUCGUGAAGAGGGUUCUGGCAGAGCUGACCAGAACCCAAAGCCGGAAGGUGGAUAAGCCCAGGCUCUUGGAUCAGUAUGCCGAGAGCCGCAGAUGUGGGCGGCUGCUGGUGAUAGACGCGGGAACGUUUUCACAGCAUGCACAAAAUGCUGAUACACUGGUUUCCGCCAUCAUCAUUUGGCAUCUUUUGCAAAUCUUCGACGGCUACGCUGUGGAAGUUGGCCAAGGGAACAGCGUUGCCUUCGAGAGCUUGGACAUGGGUACCGUGUUGAGGCUUCUCGAACAGAGCACAUUGACGCCACCCCCGGACGGCAGCGUUGGGUGGUGGAUUGCGGCCUUCUGCAAGAGCAAGGACCGCGUCCUCGACCAGUGGCUCGUUCUCACGGAAAAGGCCUUCGCGGCGAAGAACAGCUGCCCUCGUCUUGUCUUCUUGGAUCAAGCAGAACUCCUUGCAAACCUUGAGACAGGAAACAGGGGACAACAGAACGGGGGAGCAAGGAGAGCAGCAUUUCCUGCUGAGAAGUCGGUACUGGUCCCACGCAUCUGGUGUCGGGAUGCCGCUGUCUCCGCCAAGCUGGAAAGUCACCUUGAAGGCUGGAACAUCGAUCUGAAGAGUCUGUUGCCAGAUCCCUUGAAGUUGGUUAAGAGUUCGGUCCGAGGUCCCCUUGCCAGAGGAGUGCCGUGGGAACAGAUGGUUGCAAACUCCCUAGUGGCCAGAUUUCGCCUUUAUUGCCUGCAAGGUAACUUUGAAGCCGACAGCACGUGUUUUCCUUUCCUGGAGAUCUAUCCCACAAAGAACGAGCAUCUACAGAAAGUGCUGGAACCCUUCCACGUUUGCUGGAGCCAGGGGGUAGAGCUCUGA